AGGGCUAAAAGGAAACCAGAUCUCCAUCUGUGUGGUAAGAAAUUAAAAUUCAAACGCUGCUAUGGAAGAAGACUUCGAAAGUGCUGAAGAAGACUUCGAAAGCGACACGGAAGAAGACUUUAAACAGCGACGCAGAGAUGGAUUUUCAGGAGACCAAGUUUGGCCCUCACGGCCGCCGCCUCCGCCACCAUUUCAAAGUCAAAGCGAGACAAUUUGCAUAUGGUGGGAAUACUUAUUUCCAGCGCCCGACUCGUUUCUGACCCCAAGCUACCCAAGGUCGCCACCUCCUUUGCUUCAGCCGUCGCAGUCGCCGUCGCCUUUGCCACGGUCACCUGUAUUGCAAUCUUCCUCAUCUUCCCUUUCUUCACCUAGCCCCCUCUCCACCACAGCUGGCAUGGUAAGUCUUAUAAUGUUACUUUUAAACAAGGGCAGAACCAGCUCUAGAUCCAAUUUUAAAAUAUUUUUUGCGGCAGAUUUGCUUGCCAAGCGCGCGCUUUCGGCGUCCCCUGGGUUCAAUGGCUUUUUUGAAGGCUCUCCGAUCUCCUGA